UCUUGCGCUCAGCAGCUGCUCAUCUUCAUAAAAUUCCCCUGAUAGACAUGGCAUAAAAUUAAAAAUACAGGCGUAUAUGAUAUGAGUUGUUUGAAUGUAAAACGUACACUGGUGUGUCAUGUACAUCAAUUAAUUAGUUCUAGAAAGAUUUUUACCUGUUUAAGAUUAAGUAAUUAAUCUAGUUGUGAAUUACGAUAUUAAUUGUAAAAGUGAAUUACAAACUUAUCUUUCAAAAUGCCACAAGGCAGAAAAAAAACUCCAUUUAGUGGAAAAGCUAAAAAACAACAAUUGCAAGUUAAAAAACAACGAAAAAAUCAGGUUCUAUUGAAUAAAAAUUAUGAAGGUGAUGAGGAUGGGCAGAGUCAGGAGAGUGCUGACUUUAGAAGAGGAACCCAAAAAAUCAACAAGCAACCACGAGACAAUAUUGGAAAAAAUAGAUAUGCACUACAGUUUUUUCAGGAAUCUAGAGAAGAGCUACAAAACAGAAAGGAAGAAGCAAACAAAACCAUUAUCCCAUGCUCCUUAGAGGAACAAGAAGUAUCAGAUGAUUAUUUUCCUGCUGAGGUAGAUAUACCAAAAAGACCACCAUGGAAUUUUAAUAUGAGUAAAGAAGAACUAGAAGUUCGAGAAAACAGAUAUUUCACUGAAUAUUUGAAAAAUAUGGAGAGUUUGGUAAAUAUAAGUUACUUUGAACUUAAUUUAGAAACAUGGCGUCAGUUAUGGAGAGUUUUAGAAAUGUCAGACUUGUUAUUAAUAAUUAUUGAUAUCAGAUAUCCAGUUAUGAUGUUCCCACCUUAUUUAUACAAUUACAUCACAAAUGACUUAAACAAAGAGAUAAUUUUAAUUCUAAACAAAGUUGAUUUAGCCCCAGCAGCACUGGUUGUUGCAUGGCAAGAAUAUUUCAAAACAAAAUAUCCAAAACUCUAUAUUUUAAUGUUUACAUCAUUUCCUACUUACAACUUGAGAGGAAAUACAAAUGAAACGGAGGGUUUGAAGUUAAGACGCAAGAAGGGAAAAUUGAAAAUGGCUGCAGAGGGAGCUCAAAAAAUUAUGGAAACCUGUAAAGAAAUAGUUGGAGAUAAGGUUGAUUUAACUUCAUGGCAUGAAAAAAUUCAGGAGGAAAUGCAUUUGGAGUAUGAUGAUGAUUUGAAUGGAAAGAGUAAUAUUGUGAUAGAAAAAAAAGACACAAGUUAUUAUGAACAUGUAAAAUUCAAAAAUGGAGUUUUAACUAUUGGCUGUAUUGGAACUCCAAACGUUGGAAAAUCUUCAUUAAUUAAUGCUUUGAUGGGUAAGAAAGUUGUCAGUGUUUCUAGAACUCCUGGUCAUACAAAACACUUCCAAACAAUUUUCUUGACUAGGAAUGUAUGUUUGUGCGAUUGUCCUGGACUUGUAUUCCCUUCAACUGUGCCCAAACAAUUUCAAAUUCUCAUGGGAUCCUAUCCAAUAGCCCAAGUCAGGGAACCUUACACAACUGUCAAAUUUUUAGCAGAAAGAGUGGACUUGCAAAAUUUGUUGAAACUCCAGCACCGAGAUAAUGACGAUAGUUGGUCGGCAAUGGACAUAUGUGAGAGUUGGGCUGCCAAGAAAAACUUUCACACCGCAAAAGCAGCCAGAUUAGAUACGUACAGAGCUGCGAACAGCUUACUCAGGAUGGCGUUGGAUGGAAAAAUUUGCAUUUUCGUAUAUCCUCCGAAAUGGUCUAUCGAAAAAGACCGAUGGGAAAGUCACCCCAACGUAGAAACUGUCAAGUGGAUCCAAGCGAGAAACCGUGAAGAGGCAUCCGGAGUCGUCGAGUCAUCAUCAGAAACGGAAGAAGAUGACUUCGAGACAAACGAAGAACACGAAACUUCGGCGAAAGACAGUGCGGAAGAUUCCGAGAAAGAUUCGUCUGACAACGCGCCUCCUCUGUCCGCAGUAAAAAAUAAGUUUGAACUUUUAUCGGAAGAAUCGUAACUCGUUUUUUAUUAUUCUACUUUUAUAUCCAAGUCUAAGUAUUUCUUUAUCAACUAUAUUACAAAUUAAACUAUUUGAUCUACGUAUUUUCCAUAAUAUUUACUGGUGUUUCAUAAGAUAUACAUUAUACAUGAUUGUUACGUUUAUUCGUUAAUAGUGUCUGAGAGCUUUGAUUUUGAAAAGAAAAAAAUUCGUUAGCGUUUCAUCAAUCAUAAAUGAGUGUGGAGAUUACACGAGAGGAGAAGAAGCGUGAAGAGAAGGGAGGAUAGACGUGAAAACUGUUCAUUAAAUAAUUGGCGCGGGCAUUAUUAGCACGGAAACCACAGGCCAAUGGUGUACCGGAUUUAUCGAACAUAUCCUUGUCUUCCUACGGGAAUGAUGCAUUUCGCAGAAUACAUCUUGCUUUCGUUUCUAACUGAUUCCACAGUUCACGCUACGAAGCUUUACGCUGUUUAAUACUGCGAAAGGUUGUCUAUUGCGUAUUGCGAAGUUUCAUUACCUCGCAACUUGCGUAUUUCACGUGACAUUUAAUAAAAACGCAAAAAUACUUGGGUUGACGUUAUUGCGGGACCUUUGUAAUAUUACUAUUAAUUUAUACGCGCUGAAACUUUCGCAAAUUGAGUUUCGCUUGUGCGUCUGCAAGGCGAACUGUAUGUCAACGUAAGUAAUACCACUGGCAAGGGCAGUUAUCACGAAGUCGCCUGACCGCAGCGUCGACUUUUCUACUGGAAAUCAUGUUGAGCGUACAAUGUACGUUGUUGUACAGAAAUCUAGUCGAUCGCUUUAUUGUGUAAAGCUUCAGUCGAAUAAAUACUUGUUUAU